AAUAAUAUGGCUUGUCCAAACGUUUCGAGUAACUGUAUGGAAAAAAAACACGACAGCAAGGAUCAAUGCGAGAUUGUCCCGGCGAGUGACAGAUCAAAGUAUGUGCAUCAGGUACGUGCAAAAUUCACAUUUAAAAGUUUGGCGAAAAUGUGACUAAAAAUGGGAAUGAAAUUGAGUAAACGUGAACUCACUACGAACAUGAGUCGAACUUCAACCAGGUCACGUGACUGCAGUGUUAUCGCGUCAGAGGUGGUGAAAUCUCGUGCAAGCAGAAAUGGAAAUAGAAACUUAAGUGCCCUGUGGGAGUGCAAGACAUUAGCGAGGCUGAUAUUUUGCAGCUUUGACAAACAUGCAGCCAUCCUCCUGUGACACAUUUGUGGCUCUGCCUGCCUCCACUGAGGGACACUGCAUCAUAUUUGGGAAAAACACUGACAGACCUUGUGAUGAAGUCCAGGAAGUGGUUUAUUUUCCUGCUCAAGACUAUGGUGCAGAGGAGAAGGUUGAGUGUACAUACAUAGAGAUUGACCAGGUUGCCCAUACUUAUGCAGUUGUGCUGAGCAAACCAGCAUGGCUGUGGGGGGCAGAGAUGGGUGCAAAUGAGCACCAAGUCUGCAUUGGCAAUGAGGCGAUAUGGGGCAGAGAGACUUCUGAUGGUGAUGAGGCUCUUCUUGGCAUGGAUCUCGUCAGGCUUGGACUGGAGAGAGCUGACACCGCUGAGAGAGCGGUGGAUGUUAUAACUAAAUUGCUGGAGAAAUAUGGUCAGGGAGGACCUUGUAUGGAGGAUGAGGGUAGCUUCACCUACCACAACAGCUUCCUUAUCUCAGACAGGAAGGAGGCAUGGCUGCUAGAAACGUCAGGGACGUACUGGGCUGCAGAAAGAGUGGAAGGUGGACAUCGCAACAUCUCAAACGAGUAUGCCAUAACAACAAAGAUAGACAAGGAACAUCCAGAGAUGAGGGAAUAUGCUCGAAGCAAGGGCUGGUGGGAUGGGAAGUCUCAGUUCAACUUUGCUGCAGUUUACUCUUUUAUGAACACUGCCAGAAUAGAAGCCUCUGGGAGCCGACGCUCUGAGGGAAAGAAGUUGCUGGAAAAAAACAAUGGUCACAUCACUGCUGAGACAAUGAUGGAUAUCCUGAGGGAUAAAGACAGCGGCAUCAACAUGGAGGGCAUGUUCAUGACUACAGGAAGCAUGGUGUCUGUGAUUCCCACAAAUCCUCAUCUGCCAGGAGUUCACUAUUUUACAGCUACUCCAGACCCCCAAAGGUCUGUAUUCAAGCCAUUCAUCUUUGUGAAAUACGCUCAUCAGCUGAAGCAGACGACCUCUCCCAGUUAUGGUCUAAAUGACCCUGUAAAGAAGAAACCCCGUUUCCAGAGCAAGCCUGACCGCAAACAUGAGUUAUUUAUCAAGCAUGAACUGGUGGCUGACAUCAUUGACACAAAUAAGGACAGAGGAAAGAAGAUUACAGAUAGGAUGAGGCAGCUGGAAAAGGAGACGAUGACAAAAAUGGAGGAGAUUCUUUCACGUGGCAUUGUGCAGCCUGAUUUUUUGGUGAAUUUGUUCCCAAAUUCUGUGCAGGACGAGAUGGCCGUGUACAGCAAAAGCUGAAAAGGACUGCAGCUUACGAGUUAGUCGAGGUGUGAAAUCAGCCGUUAAGGUCCUUCUUUUUCCAUUCAUAACAAAUAACUGAUACGCAUGUUUUUUGUCCCCCCCCCCAUAGUUGUUAUACAUAAAGCUGUUGCCAAUUGAAAACCUGUGAUUGGAAAAAGAUUCUAUUGUAUAGAUGGACAUAAACAAGGAUGCUACUGCAUGUAGCUGACUUAAAGUUAAAAGGUCAUAUUAGUCACACACAGUUCUGCAUAAGACAUCUGUUAUUACUAGCUCACGUUGCAGGGGAGUUGAUUGGACAAUACUAUCCUGCUAGCCUCAAGGAAGACUUUGCGUUCCUUUCCAGCAAGGAACGAAUCAGAACCGGACACAGUCGGACCAUAUAUAAUAAGGAGACAAAGACUGAUUAUUCCAGAGGGAGUAUGUGUCAUCCACGCCCUAAGGGAAUAUCUUAAAGGUGAUUAUACAGUUUUGUCUUGAUGUUGCCUCUGUUCUCUCAGCCGAGCUUUCUGCAAAUAAAUUCACACAGAUUCCAGAGACUUCCUUAAAGUCUCCAAAAUAUGGAGAACAAAAACACCUAGCAAAUGAAAGCAGUGUGCUUGCAUCUCUCUGAUCUCUCUCACACACAGACUCAUAUCGGCCUGCGUCAGAGGUCUUUUGCCUUUGUUUUGUUUGCACUUAAUAUCUCACACGCCACAAUGCUCACCCAUCCACAUCUACAUUUCUGAUGUUACUGACUGAAAUCCUCUCUAUCUGCAUCCGAGUUUCCUUACUUUGUUUACCAUGCCACAGUAAAUGUUUGCUUUAACGCCA